CCCGGGCGUCGGUUGGUGUGCCCGUCCUCCACCAAUGAACGCAGCGCCCGGACGCGACGAGGCUCUUUCUGAAAACCGGGGCCAGCCGCCCGCCCCAGACAGCAACCGCCGUCGCCCGCAGCUGCCAGCCUUCCUUUAUUUAUCUUUUCUGCGAGCCUGCCAUCGGCUGUGCCACGAAACAUCGUCGCCCGACGCCGACCGAACGACGUAUGUGCUUCACUCGACCACGCGAACUUUGCUGACCAUCACCGCGAGUCCCAGCACACGGUGGAUAAAACUCCCAAGAAUCCGGGCGUCCUACGCUUCUGCGGUAACUUGAUAGCACGCGAACUUCGGAGCAGUUCAAGGCAAUUGCAACGCCGGGCACGCCCUAUCAAGUGUCCAGAGCUCGAACUGUUUUUGGACAAGCGUUCCAGCGUGCAUCGAGCCUUGGGCCAUGGACUGUUCCAUCCGUGCGAGUAUCUGGACGCGCCAGGAGACGACGCUGCUCCUGGACCUGUGGGAACAGGAGACUCGUCGCCAGAACUUGGACGGCACGGCGCGUAACUACAAGGUCCACCAGCGCAUCUCGCAGGUGCUCAUGGCCAAGGGCUACUGCCGCUCGCCCAUGCAGGUGCGCGAGCGGCUGAAGCGACUGCGACGCGAGUAUCGCGAGUCCCGCCGAUGCGAGUACUACGACAGGGUCGCGGCCAUCAUGGCCUCCACCAGGGCCGCCGCCAACGGCGCUGACCUGGUAGCGGCGCACGACGGUGCCAUCGACGCGACCUCGAACGCCGCGUCGCCCAACGACCACCACCACAUCCUGGGAGGCGCCUGUGACGACGACAUGGUUGACAGCAUGAAGGCCGACGACUACUCCCAGACUACUUCGGAGAAUGAGACAGACUACCAGGACAGCAGGAACGGCAUUGACGGAAGCGGUGGCCGGAACGGCAACUUGGUCAUCGAUUCGAACGGUGGUGCUGCCACAACCAACGGCAACGGUUCCACUCCCGAAGACGAGUCCCUACUUUUACAGCGGCGGACGGUGCAGUUGCUGUCAGCGCUGGUCGAGGGACAGCGGCGAGCUCAGAAGUCCACCGUGUGUUUCCAACGCCAGAUGCUACAGCACAUGCACGCCAUGUCCGGCGCCAUGCAGACCGUGGCGGGAGCCCUGGCCCGUGCUUGUCUGUACAUGCCACCGGGAGACCGGGCCGACGGCGCCUGCAGUCCCAGCUACGCGGCCAGUCUACUGGAGCACGACGAUCUGAUCGAGUCCCGAGAGGCCGACACGCCGUCUCCCAGGAACUACGUCAAGCACGAACCCAGCGACUGAGAUGCGCGCCAUGAAAGUACAUAGGGACUUCGUGGUAGUGUCAUUCUGGUGCAGGACACGCCAAAGAACUUUCUUUGUGGCGACGUGUGCACACAAAGGGAAUACGAGACAUCCUUCGUGUUUUGCCACACUGUGUGUUCGCAGAGUGUUCACAAGUCUUCCAGUCAUGUAGAACGAUGUUGGGUGCGGUCCACAUGUGACUGAGAAUAAUCACAAUCUAGAUAAACGAAGCUUGGAACAUGACGAGGAAUGCUGUCCAGGGUAGCCCCUGUUUCGACGUAGCGCCUUCAAGGUGGCCUCAAAACGUAACGGGGCGCGGGUUCCCCGUCAAAUAGGAAAUUCUGAUCUGGCAGUUAAAACAAAAGAAACUGACUGCAGUGAGGAGACCCGCAACUUUUAAGAAAUGCACCAUUAACAGCUGGGCAACAGUAGUACGUGCGGUGGUCGAAGCGUAUUUUACGUGCGCCGAAGUGA